AUGUCUCAAACCAUCCCUCUAUCUAGAAUAUCUACGGGGGCACGUUCUCCUCCCUAUAAUGCGCCUCACGACAGUCCCAGUGGACCCGACUACCAGAACGGAUUCCAGUACGACGAUGUGGACGAAGGCCAGAACAUGAAACCCUCUUGGAAGAAGGACCUUUACAUGCUCUUGGAGAAACCCACGUCAUCUCAAGCAGCCUUCCUGGUCCAUAUCUUUACUACCUUCCUCAUCUCCUUCUCUGCGGUCGUGACUGUGCUGGAGACUGUUCCUGCGUUUCACUCCAUCCCUGGCAGUAUCUGGUUCGGAUUGGAGACCACGCUUGUCGUGCUGUUUACCAUAGAAUACAUCGGCCGAUGUGUUGCUCAUGGCACAUCCUGGAAGAGGUUCUUCAACUGGAUCAUUUCGUUCUUUGGGAUCAUAGAUUUGUUGGGUAUACUGCCGUAUUAUAUUGAGAUCGCUCUGCAGCAAGAUACAUCUACGCUGUUCAGGUUCACAAUCCUGCUUGUCCUGCGCCAGAAGUUGACCGCUAAUACCACGUUCAGCACUAUCGAAGUAAUGUACCUAUCCUUCCGGCGGUCCCAGCAUGCCCUUUUAGCACUGUCAUUCUUCGUGGUGAUGGUCUUGGUCGUGUUCAGCACGUUAUUAUAUUUCGCUGAGAGGGGCACUUGGGACGAGGCGCUUGGCGUCUUCCUCAACUCGGACGGAGACCCCAGUCAAUUCGCGUCCAUUCCCGCAGCCGGGUGGUUUGUCUUAGUCACUAUCACCACUGUAGGAUACGGCGAGAUCACGCCCCGGUCAUUCCUGGGAAGGCUGAUCACCCUCCCUCUCCUCGUGUUCGGCUUGCUUCUCAUCGCGCUGCCCACUUUCGUGCUCGGGCGAGAGUUCAGCAUAGUCUGGGAGUUCAUGGAAGAAGCGCAGAAGACUCGUGAGCAGGACCAAGACAUCGACCCAUUCCACGAUCCCCUCGCGUCGCCACUGCUCAGCAGCAGGCACACGCAGGGUAUCGCUGCCGCUACUGCCAGCCUGUGGCGGCACGCAGCCGAAGAAGCCACCUUGCCGCGUCCGAGCAGGGUCGCUAGCUCCAGCGGCGCAGUUCACGGUUCUCCAAACCCUGCGGCUUCCUCGGACCACACUCAGGCCGGGUUAUCGACGCAACUCGCGGAGCUUCGUGCCAAGGUGGACGCGCAGGAGGAGAUACUGCGACGCAUCAUGGCAGCUGUUGAAGGACCCGGCGCAAACCAGAAGCAGAAUCGGGGUAUUGGCAGUCAGCAGGGGAGCCGGAGUAGGUGA